AUGGACCCUGAUGACUCCGACGAUGCUAGAGAAGAUGACAAAGAACGCUGUCACGAAAACGGCUACCCCGUCGCUUCCUCACCCACCUUCAAGAAGCACGCUCGCACUGUCGAAGACCAAGCAAACGAUACAGAACUCGCUUAUCAUCUCAAUGCCCUCGACCUCGACGCCGACACACGCAAAUCAUAUCAUAUGACCGCCAAACACCUGGACCGGAAAGCCAGAAUUAGAAACUCCAAGACUGUUCGCGGCUUCAAGUUCCCACAAUCCCAUGUUGGGCGUGUUCAGAAGAACAAGGAGUUGAACAUGUAUCAGCUGUCGAAGUGGGCUGGUCGGGAUGCAGAGAAGAAGAAAGUGGUUGCCAAGCUCUUGCACGACAGAGGCAAAGAUCGAACCGAGGGUUUGAACAAUCCAUUCUAG